AACAGGGCGUGCGUCUCAAAAGCCUGUCAUCGGUCCUGACGCUAGACAGUAUCCGACAGAAAUCUGAUGGCGCGAACAGCAAGACAGCUCAGCGUGGAUCAGGAAGAAAGAGAAGAACACAAUGCGGAGAUCGUCGAUAGACCUAAUCCGCCACAUCGUCUGCGCGAGGACAUUGAUAUGACAGAACUCUUUACAAUGAAUGGAAGACCAGCGCGAUUUCACUUAAAGACCUUGGGCCUUGGCAGACUUACCCCAGGAGAGGUCGAGGCGUUAUCUAUCCGAAUCACAGAGCACGGUGGAGAGAUUACCGACAGGGAAGAGUCAGCCGACACGAUCCUUGUCCACCUUGAGGGUGUCGAUACUCUGAGAAGAAAGUACUGGGAUUCGCGAACGGUCUGGGUAGAAGAGCUGAAAUUCGUGAGGAUCUGUAUUAACACGAAGCAGUAUGAGAAGAAUCUAUCCAAGCCGAUGCGCAAGGGAAUGGGUGGGCGGCCUGGAGGGUAUAGGCGCGUUGCGUUUACUCCUGAGGAUGAUCGACAUCUCUGCGAGUUUCUAGCAUCUGUCAUCCCGGAUGCUGAAGCUGGUGGGAGGUUUGGGCCAGAAAUCUACCGAAGGCUGGUCGCUUCCAGUGAAGAGUUUAGGCAUAGAAGGUGGGCCGCGCGGCACACAGCGUGGUCCUGGCUGGAGCGAUACAGAAACAGACAUGCGAUCCUCGAUCCAAUUAUCAACAUUUUGGCGGAGGAAAAUCCUCCUCGUCCCGAUGGAAAGGGCCUGUACGAACGUACUCGAUUCCUAAAUCCGAAGAAACAGCUCUACAGGAUCGAAGACUUCGAGGUCUCAGGUGAAGAGGAGGAAGACGACUCCGCGGCGGACGUCGAGCAGGCUUUGCUUGGCGAUGGUCGGAAGCGCGGACACUCCGCAGGCGAUGAUGAUGAGCAGGACGAUGAAGAAGAGCGGAGCAAAAGGGCUAGACACACGGACGACAAUCUGCGUAGCUCUCCGGUGGAGCAGGGACGAAGGGCACGAACUCCUGCAUCUGGUCGGGCAGUAAGGGCGUCGCUCUUUGAAAUUGGAGGCAUUUUUGAUAGGUCAAGUGAUGAUUUGCUCCCUCAAGAUGAGUUGUUGGAAGUGCAGUUCGAGCUAGAUGUCGAUAAGAGUUUCGAAUUGUCUCAGCGAUCACCAGACAACAGGCAAAUAGGUCCCGAGGAUGCGGGACCAUCUGGCACCCAAUGGACAUCCCCAGCUCGGCGCCUCGAUACGCAAGGGACUCCGAGAUCCAUCAGUCAAGCACGUCCGCGACCCCGUCACGCAUAUCGAGGCACGCAUCCCUCAGAGCCCCAUCGCCCCUCUCAGGCUACAACGAGUUCCCAGGCCACUCUCGUCGGAACGGCGCAGCAACAGCGUGAAUCAACAGGUGCUGAGCAAGAUAAAGAUGAUCGCUACGCUGGGCCGACCCAAGUCCAACAGCCGGACGAUGCUCCAGCUGCUGAUGCCGCUAUCAAGUCUUCGCAGUCACAUUUAAUCCAUUCGGCGCCCAUCCAUGAAUCACGAACAAGAGAACGAUCAACUACUGGCGAGAACGCCCCACAGGUUUCUCAGAGGGUAGAUGUAGAUGCCCCUUCCAGAAGCAACACGAGUGGAGAUGCUGAGGAGGUCGAGAAUACGCUAGGUGAUGCUUCACAGAAGCGUCAUCCGUUCGAGGACAUCGAUAGCGAUGAUGAACGCACCCACCUGAGCCUGCUCUCUGCAGCGAGGGAAGCGCAUGCAAGUCCGCAAGCCUCAAUACAGCGCAGUGCGAGGUCUACAUUCUCUCUACGAGCAGUCAAUAACCCUAUGGCCACUCCCAGCGGUCCUCAUGCUCAACGGUCCCGAUCGUCCUUCGCAGUAUUGACCGACAUAUCCGGCGGGGCAAUGCGAUCCCUCUCUCUCAAAGCAGCAUCGUAUCCUGCAAAUGUUGCUGUGUCCGCGUCGCAGCGACCUCCUUCGACACCCGUCAACAGCUUUGGCCAGGCAGCUGAACGCGGUACAAUUACUUCUGAUAGCGAUAGUGUUCCUCUGCAGGGCACGCGUGCAAGGGAGGAGAGGUCCCGCAAGCAGGAUGAGCAGGCAAGAACAACGUAUACUCCUGCCACUGGUACUCGAGCUGCUAGCAACCUCAGCCUGCGCAGUCGGCGCAUACCCCGCGUCGGCUAGAACAAGAGGCGACGAUGGACACCUCCGAUCGAUGUGACUUUCCUUUCCUCCAUCGCUAAUGCUUGAACCCGCGGAUUGUCGAUAUGAGGAUGCGGCGAGCUGCCCAGUCCAUGUCCUACCUCUUUUCCGUGGGCGUUCCGAGACGUCGGGCACCACUUCUCCAAGUUGUAAUCCACCAUUAGACUUACAAAACGUGAUUUUCUUUUCUUGGCGUUGGAGACCCUCUGCAUUGCAUACAGCCUAUGCAAUCGAAUUCUGUACAUGGCCUGUUCAAGGUUUACUAUGGUUUGAAAAAUCUCUGGAGCUCUAGUCCACUCAGAUUAAAUAAAAGGACAAUGAUGCUGUUAACGUUUUUGGCAUGGAGGAGACCCUCACAGGUGGUCGCCGCGGCGUUGUG